CUCUGCGGAGCAGCUGACCGCGAUGGGGAGUGAGUGGGACACUGGGCUGGAGGAGAAGACGGAGCAGAGCUGUGCCCUUGUGUCCAGGUCGUCGUGAGAUCGGACCCACUUCGUGGCUGAGUGGCUAGCUGUAGGAAAUCCUGCUGGACCUGAGUAUCAUCGCUUAUUUGAGAAGCCUCAGAUUUGGGGCAGGAAGAGCAGAAGCCAGAGGGGAGUGACCCAUCUCUCCAGCACACAGGUAGGCAUGGGAGGACGGAAGAUGGCAAGAGAUGAAGAAAAUGCCUAUGGUUCGGACGACAACCGGGACGCCGAGCAGCCGCUGGCGCAGGAGCCCAGGCUCCGGCUCAUCCUGGCCGGCAGGACCGGAGCGGGCAAGAGCGCCACGGGCAACAGCAUCCUGGGCCACAGGCGCUUCCCGUCCCGGCUCGCGACCGCCCCGGUGACCAGGCGCUGCGACGUGGGGAGCCGCCGCUGGGCCGGCUGGCGCGUGGAGGUCACCGACACCCCCGACCUCUUCAGCGCCCAAGGGCGGCACGCAGACCCGGACCGCACCGAGCGGGCCCGCUGCUACGUGCUGUCGGCGCCCGGGCCGCACGCGCUGCUGCUCGUGACGCAGCUGGGCCGCUUCACCACCCAGGACGAGGAGGCCGUGCGCGGCGUCCGCGAUCUCUUUGGGGCCGGCGUCCUGGCGCGCGCCGUGGUCGUCUUCACGCGCCGGGAGGACCUGGAGGGGGCGUCGCUGCACGACUACGUGCGCGCCACCGACAACCGCGCGCUGCGGGCCCUGGUGGCCGAGUGCGGCGGCCGCGUGUGCGCCCUGGACAACCGCGCGGAGGGCGCCGAGCGCGAGGCGCAGGUGGACGAGCUGCUGGCGCUGGUGGAGCGGCUGGCGCGGGAGCACGACGGCGCGCCCUUCACCAACGACGCGUACGGCCUGGCGCGGGCGCGGCGCGACGUGCGCCCCGAGGACAGGCUCCGCCUGGUGGCCGAGCGGCUGGCGACCCGCGGCCUGGCUCGUGGGUGGGGGUGGGGGUGGGGGUGGGGGUGGAGGCGGCACUGGCUGGAGACCGCUAGGCGGAGGUGGCGGCUGGUUGUCAUGCUGCUGGGGGGCGCUCUGCUGCUGGGCCUGCUGCUCUUCCCGCGGGGGCCCCUGGCCUUGAAAGAGGUCAGUCCUGACACUGUUAGAAGGACCUGACCCAUCAGCUGAAGAGCAUGUUCCCUUGGUAGUGUUGUGUGCCUCUAGGGCCCACAAGCUCUUCUUUCCUCCCUCCUAUUCAGAGCCUUGCCUUAGCCCAACUCCCACAGUCUUUUCCAGAGGUCGCGGCCCUCCCUGAGCUCCCUCUCCUUUCAGUGAAGCCAAACAACCAUGGUUGCGUUGGUCUGAUUUCCACCAACCUCAGGCCGCCUAUCCCUGUCGUUGAAUUGUCUUCGCCCCUGUCUUUGCCUUCCUGUCCCUGGACUCCCCGCAGGUCCAAGGGUGAGAGCCAACAAAGAGCAGAGACUCAGGCCAGACUCGUUUAUUUGAGUUGAAUCUGAAUUGAAUAAAUGAAGCACUAAACAAUCA